CAUUUUUCAAAUAGUCAGGGAAAGUAAAUUUCCUAGGUUUAAGAGCCUCGCCCGCUCCCCACACAUUCUUAAGCUUCCCUCUUACCUUCCAUCUCAGUAGAAAAUCUCAGAGGGAGGGAGAGCUUCAGAGGGUUCUCCAGCUGUCCUCUUCCUUGGAGGAUUGGGAACCCGUCUGAUGUGAGCCUUCUUGACACUGUGAAACUGCCCAGAAGACUGCAGUUACAAGUGAGUCACAUGCAUGAAAGAACUGGGGCUGUAGGAUUGGUAAUGGCUGUUGCCAAGGGCAAUAAUUCUUCUCCUUAUUUGGCAAUUUGUCACAAAGAUCGUUAUCUUACUGAGGCCAUUCUAGAUUCAACACAAAUUUGCAAUUUGGAGGAUAGGUACUUGCUUGGGGAGCAGCUAGGAUGGGGGCAAUUCGGGGUGAUCAGAUCUUGUUCAGACAAGCUAACAGGGGAGAUUUUAGCUUGCAAAUCUAUUGCAAAGGAUAAGCUGGUAACUCUAGAAGAUGUUCGUAGUGUCAAGCUAGAGAUAGAAAUAAUGGCUCGCUUAUCUGGUCACCCAAACAUUGUGGACCUCAAAGCAGUUUUUGAGGAGGAGGAUUAUGUUCAUCUUGUUAUGGAGCUUUGUGCAGGUGGUGAACUUUUCCAUCGGAUAGACAAACAUGGUGCUUUCUCAGAAAGUGAUGCCGCAGUUCUGUUCAAGCAGCUGAUGGAAGUUGUGAUGUAUUGCCAUGACAAGGGUGUUGUUCAUAGAGAUCUGAAACCAGAAAAUAUUUUGUUGGCAACAACGUCUAAGUCAUCACCCAUAAAAUUAGCAGAUUUUGGUCUUGCAACCUAUAUUAGACCAGGAACAUGUCUGAAUGGGGUGGUCGGCAGUCCAUUUUAUAUUGCUCCAGAAGUCCUUGCUGGAGGCUAUAAUCAAGCGGCAGAUGUAUGGAGUGCUGGUGUGAUCCUCUACAUUCUUCUCAGUCGAGUUCCUCCAUUCUGGGGGCAGACCAAGUCAAAAAUCUUCAAUGCUGUCAGGGCUGCUGAUGUAUGGUUUAUGUCAGAUCCUUGGGAUAGGAUAUCUGCCUCUGCCAAGGAUUUGAUCAUGGGGAUGCUAUGCAGAGACCCGAGCCAGAGGCUUACAGCAAGACAGGUUCUUGAUCAUUGCUGGAUUAAAAAUGGAGGGCAAAUUCAGGGAACUGAGCUCCACUUUCAGUCAGCUGAGAACCCUUUGCUUCAACAACCCAUUUCUGCACAUCGUGAUUUUAGCCUGAGCUCUGGAAAUACAGCUUUUGUUAAUGCUCCAAAGGCCUGCUCGCCCAUGUUUACCUGCAAUUCAUCGUUCUCUUCGUUUGUGAUCAAUGCUGCAGCUUCUUCUCCAUCUGUCGGAUUCUCAUUUCGUAGCUGUGAAUCUACUGACCAGGAAUUCACCUCACCAAUGGCUUCAGUUUCAAGCUUUGCAUUCUUCAGUCCGUCCAGCCAUAUUGAGCAGGAGAAGCAGUCUUCUUUCACAGAUAAUACUGAUAAUUUAACAACUAUUGACAGAGAUCUGAGUUUUGGGAAGAUGCUUACAUCAGCCCCUGCAACUCAUGGAGUUAAUCUUGCUGCAAGAAAAGCUGAGCUGCGGGAAAUUGAGAUUCGUAAAGCACCUACACGACCAUCAGGUAUUCAUAGCAGGAGAAAUCAUACGAUUGGCUUGGGUGAACUGGAGCAGCUGGACCUGAUGGUGACAGAAUCAGUAAUACGCUGGGCCUCUUGUACAAAUCUUUCAAGCGCUGCGUCACUGCGGUCAUCCUUGGUCUGUUAACUUUUUGUAGUGCAUGUGAGUAAAACCAACAACGGGCAAGUCUAGCAUCUCGAUUCCGAGUUGCCAACUUUUCUGUAAUGUGGAAAAAUUAUUAUUAUCUACAGAAGAGGUGCUGUAGUUCUCCUGUUGGCUGCUGCUGACAUUUUGCAAUUUUAGGGUGUAGCUCUCACUUGCCAUUUGCCAGUUGCACUUACUAAUUGUGGAACUUAGGUACCAGUGUAAAGUGUAUCCUCCUUUGUGUUUGUCUUUCUAUUUA